AGCACACCCACAUAUUCUCUGCUUGAAUGGGCUGCCUUUUCUCUUGCUUCUUCUUUAUAUGCUGCGUUUUCCUCCCAAGUUUUGCCUUCUCAGGCCCCAUCUCCACCCACUCGAUCAGCCCCAACUUCACUGUCUCCAAUAUCCAAUUCAUCGACUACUCGGGCACUUUCUUGCUCUCUCCAAAUGGCACAUUCAAAGCCACAAUUGAUGCCAAACCAUUAUCCUCAUACUUUUACUUCUCCAUCGUCCACACUGCUUCCAACACCACAAUCUGGUCUGCAAACCGUAACGCACCCAUGUCAAAUUCUGACAAGUUGUCACUAACUACCAACGGCCUCACAAUCACAAACCAGGCUGGUAAAGUUCUAUGGUCAACCCCGCCUUUGAGUUCUGAGGUUUCUGCUAUGCAGGUUUUAGAGACAGGAAACCUCAUGUUGGUUGAUGCAAAAAACGUUACGCUGUGGGAGAGUUUUGAUUAUCCAACGGACACCAUUGUCAUGGGACAGCCUAUUCCAGUUGGAAAAUCAUUGGAAAGCGCUGUGACAGGCGAGGAUAUGUCGGUGGGUGAUUAUCUGCUCCAGCUUACUGACAGUGAUGUCGUGCUGCAAUGGAAUAGGAUGACUUAUUGGAAAUUGUCCAUGGAUACAAAGGCUUACAAAAACUCCAAUGGGGCAGUAUCGUUGAUGUUGAUGAAUGGUACUGGUUUGUAUUUGCUAGCAAGUGAUGAAUCUAAGGUUGUGAUUCAGGUAGCUUUCACUGGUCCAUCGGGAUUUCGGAUAGGUAAGUUGGGUUUUGAAGGAAGAUUUAGCAUAAGCAGCUUUGUGAGAAAUAAAUGGAUGCUAGAAUUUGCGGGACCAGUUGAAAAGUGUGAUAUUCCUUUCAUUUGCGGAGAAAUUGGAUUGUGCACGAGAAUCCCUUUGAUGGCAGAAUGCUCUUGUCCAACAAAAUUCAGUAGUCAAACCAAUCGUUGCAUGCCAGUGGAUAGUUCACUAUCUCUGCCUUCAGCUUGUAAUGCAACUAGUACUGGCAGUCAAUUGAAUUCCUCGAUUUCCUAUCUGGGACUGGGCCAAGACAUGGACUAUUUUUUUAAUGAUUUCAGGGAGCCUGCUAAAAAUGACAUAAAUUUAUCGGUUUGCCAAGAUUUAUGUUCUCAAAAUUGUUCUUGUCUGGCCGUUUUCCAUAGAAAUUCUUCUGGUUCUUGUUACCUUCUUGAAAACCAAUUAGGUUCUCUCAUUUCCACCGCCAACAGUGAGAAUGAUCGUUUUGGGUAUAUAAAAGUUUUGGGAAACUUUCCUCCUCAAAACCCGAUUGAGCAAAAGGGAAAUCGGAAACAUCACUUCCCAAUUGCCGGUUUGGUACUUCUACCUUCAACUGGAUUCUUACUAUUAACAGCCUUUGUAUUCCUUGCAGUCCAGUGGUUAUGGAAAAAUAGGCUUUCUAAAACCAGAACUGCAAAGCUAGCCCGGCUUAACUCAUCAUCAUCAGCAGAGCUACAAAUGAUCUCUAUCCCAGGCAUACCAAGAAGGUUUGAUUAUGAAGAGCUAGCAGCUGCUACUCAGAACUUCAAGACCCAGAUUGGUCGUGGUGGCUUUGGUACUGUAUACAAAGGUACUCUGACAGACCAAACUAUUGUGGCGGUGAAGAAGAUUACAAGUUCGGGAGUCCAAGGGAAGAAAGAAUUUCUUACUGAGAUUUCAAUAAUUGGGAAGAUCCACCAUGUCAAUUUGGUUAGAUUGACAGGUUUUUGUGCACGAGGGAGGCAGCGAUUUCUUGUUCUUGAGUACAUGAACAGAGGUUCAUUGGAUAGUACACUCUUCGGUAAUGGUCCUGUUUUACAAUGGCAAGAGAGAGUGGACAUAGCACUUGGAACGGCAAGGGGACUUGCGUACUUGCACGGCGGGUGUGAGCACCGGAUCAUCCACUGUGAUGUGAAGCCAGAGAACAUUCUCCUGCAUGGCAAUUUACAAGUGAAAAUCUCGGAUUUUGGGAUUUCGAAGCUGAUAAGUCGUGAACAAUCCACUAUUUUUACUACAAUGAGAGGAACUCGAGGUUAUCUUGCACCAGAGUGGUUGACAAGUGCAGCAAUUUCAAACAAGGUUGAUGUUUAUAGCUAUGGAAUGGUUUUACUGGAGAUUGUAAGUGGAAGAAAUAAUUGCUCGUUACAAACAUGCGGCCACAUUACAGAAAAUAAUGACAUUGAAGGUGGCCUAUCCUCAUACUCUUCAAGUUCAGAAUUCAGACUAUAUUAUUUCCCUCUAAUUGCACUAGAAAUGCAUGAGCGAAGAAGGUAUUUGGAGCUUGCAGACCCAAGGUUAGAGGGUGGAGUGGCAAACGAAGAGGUGGAGAAGCUAGUGCGGAUUGCCUUGUGUUGUGUACACCAAGACCCAGCACUGAGGCCAACUAUGGCUAACGUUGUUGGCAUGUUGGAAGGUGAAUUGCCUUUGGGUGAGCCGAGGGUUGAGUCACUAAAUUUCUUGCGAGCCUAUGGCCAGAGAUUCACCGAGACAGCAACAAUGGAAGGGCCUUCUUCUAAUGUUGCUACAAUUGCUACAUACAACUCAUUGUCUUACAUCUCUUCACAACAGAUCUCAGGUCUUAGGUAGUGCUCCUAGAUUGUCUAUAUUAGUAACCGGAUAAAAUUGGCCUAAUAGGAUCUGUAAGAAUUGAAAUCUUUGUCUGGUCUUUGUAUACUUUCUCUAUUAUUAUUUUAUCUGC